AUGGCGCUCAACAUUCAACCCUCAACAGGGAUUUUCCCGGCUGCUGGUGGAGAGAUCAUCUUCCAAAUUCACUCACUCGCUGAUAUCCGCCUCGCUUUCAAGGUGAAAUCCUCGGACAACGACCGGUGUGAAAUCCUCGGACAACGACCAUUAUCGAGUGCGACCGGUGUACGGAUUUGUGGCGGCCAAGCAACAGCAAUCACUGCAAAUCUUGCGCCUCGAAGGAUCGCCAACAUUGAACCCCCAACACGCAUUUUCCCGGCUGCUGGUGGAGAGAUCAUCUUCCAAAUUCACUCACUCGCUGACACCCGCCUCGCUUUCAAGGUGAAAUCCUCGGACAAUGACCAUUAUCGAGUGCGACCGGUGUACGGAUUUGUGGCGGCCAAGCAACAGCAAUCACUGCAAAUCUUGCGUCUCGAAGGAUCGCCAAAGGAGGACAAAUUCGUCGUGCAAUGGGCUGAGGUGCCCGAUGAGGAGACCGAUCCA